AUGAAUCGGUCGAAAUUGAUGGAUUCUUUCACUUUGGAGUGAGUUUUGUGUCUUCUAUCCAUGAAGAAUGUAAAUUUUGUUAAAAAAUGUUUUUUUCAGCAACCUCAGUCGAAUCAGCAGAAUGAAAAGGUAUUAUAUGGACGAAAAUUGCAUGAACAACACCGAACUGGAUCCAUGUUUGGCCGCCAAAGUCCGAUUAAAACAUCCGAGCGACUGCACGUAAGGUUAUAUAAAACGGUUGAAUUUCGUAUGUUUUAGUUGCUGGGGAUUCGCCAAAUUUUGCUCAGCUCUUCUGAUUGCGCUUAUCUUCGUUAUUUUGCUGAUUGUUCUGUUAUUCGCCUUCUCUGACCGCACUGAAGCGACGUCAACUACGAGCACGACUACUACAACAACUACCACGCCGGUGCCAAGCAUCAUCAUUCGCCCUGGCCAAGAUGUCGUUGAAGUGAGAUUUGAGACGGUUUUUGUAAGUUGUUUAGCGCAUUGCUUUUUUUGGAUUUUAGAUAUUAGACAGGCUGUAGGAUAUUUUAUGUUGUCUGUGACAUGAUGAAAAUAAGUUUAGUUGACUAAAACACAUUCAGAUCUACGGGAAUAUCCGUGGCAAUCGUAAACUGUGUCUGUUAGGUCCUGAACGCGGGCUUUACAGCCCUGUUGCAUAAAAAUGCAUCUUUACUUGCGCUUUACCUAAAGUUAUAUAAUCUUUUCUGUUUUCUUCCAGCCGAGGAAGGAUCUAUAUACAACGACCACAACUACUAUCUUGCCUCGAACUACAACUACUGCCAAGUUGGUCUAUCGUCCUCGUACUACCACCAAAGUAUACCGUUUCCAUGUUGGCACAGCCUUAGCUCCAGAGACUGCUACAACUACCACCACUACUGUUACUCCAUCCAUUUUCAGAACGCUGCCGACCAAGAGCAUUGAUGAUGCUUUUGAGGUGAGAAUUUUUUGAUUUGCAUUGUUUUUUGUUUUUAGACUUGCGAAACCUAUUUGAACAAAGGCAGAUACAAGAACGGUGUUUAUGCGCUGAAUGUUUCCCCAGUCGGACAAUUCCCAGCCAAGUGCGUGUUCGAUAAGCAGAAGGAUGAAGCCUGGAUUGUGAUUCAAGAGCGUCACACUGAUGAUUUGGACUUUUUAAGUAAAACACUCAAGGAAUACGGCGACGGAUUUGGUGAUCCGCAUGGAGAUUAUUGGCUCGGUCUGAAAAAGGUGCACGCCCUUUUGCAACAUGGUCGAAAGUUGGUAUUGCGCCUUGAGGCGGAGACUGAACCCUGUAAGAAAGGCGGUACUUCGUAUGGAGAGUUGUUUUUGACUGCUGAUCAUGAGUUUGAGGUAAGUAGGUUGGGAAAAUUGUGGGAAUUCUUCGGGAAUGGCCUCGAAAUUGGAUGGAUUUUUCUCUGUAAUUGUUUAUCUGCCUUUGUGAAUGCUAAAAUUGCAGAUUUGAAGAUUGUUUCGGCUCUUUUUUUUUGAUGUUUUAGCCAGUGCAAUAUAUUUUUUUGCCACUUUCUUAUUUUUCCUUAAACGAUUCUGAACUAUUCGGUUCAUAGAUCACUGGUGAGGAUGAUGGCUACCGUCUGAACACUCGUUUUAUCUCUGGCAACCUCACGGAUCCAUAUGAAAGUCUCACAAAACUCAACGGAAAUCAGUUUGCCACAACGGACGAGUCCCGUGGAUUUACCGUUAAUUGCGCUUUUCAUUUCGCGAAUGGGUAAGAGAAAACGUUUCAGCACUUUAAUUUACGAUUUCCGGCGAGAUUUUGUCGUUUUCGAUGUUACACUUGAUUUUUUAGCGGAUGGUGGCACGGUUCGUCCUCGUGUGCUUGGAUCACAUUCAAUGGAAGGUUGAGAGAACAGCAAUGCGGCGGGUUCAAAGCCGCCAUCAUCAAGAAGUCGGAGGAUCGCAGCAAGUUCUUCUACCACUUGAAAUACACCAGAAUGAUGGUGAAGCUGGUCUGA